GUUGCACUCGCGCGCCGCCGCCGCCAUCACCUCCUCGCAGCUGCCGCCGCCUCCGCCCUUCCGCCCUGGCACGCCUGCGCAGGCGGCGAUGGCGGCGAUGGCGGCGGGCGGAGCUGGAGCGGCGAUGGCGGGCGGCCAGGCCGGAGCAGCGCGAUCCCGAUCGCUGUUCUUGUGGGAUGACGGGCAUCCUAUGCGGUUCUACCUGCGGCCCGGCCUGGCCAAGCUGCGCCUGGCGCCCCUGGUGCUGGCGGGCGGCGGGCGCCUGUGUCGGGUGCAGGAACCAGGGGCCGUGCUCUUGGCGCAGCCCGGCGAGGUGGCUCCCGACGGGGCCGUCUCAACCGAGUACGUGGCGGAGUGCGUGAAGCGCAACCAGCGGCUGCCGCUGGAGCCCUUCCUGCUGACAGCCCGCGGCCGCCUGGCCUUCACGGAGGCGGAGGAUGCGGCGCUGCUCCAGGCGGUGCGCGGCCAGGGCAUGGUGCGGGUGAGCGGCCGCGCGCUGUGGAUAGAGCUGGAGCGGAGCGGCCUGACGCGGCACAGCUGGCAGGCCAUGCGCGACCGCUACCUGCGGCACCUGCUGCCGCGGCUCUGGGAGCCCCCGCAGACGGAGGAUUCCACGCAGAUCAGGGGUCUGUUCGAGGCAGCUAAUCGGGAGUUCGAAAGCACGGAGUCAGAAAGUGACUCUUCAGAUGUUGCAGAACUUUCCACACAAGAUGGAGUGAGAAGGUCCCCAGGAGAAACAACAUCUGAGCUGAAAACUGGGCCAGAGGACUCUGCUUUCCCUGACAUUCAGUUACAAAGGCAAGAAAGGCCAAAAAGCACUUGUUCUUCUUCCAGUGUGGUGGGACAAGUAGUAGAAACUAUGGAGCGCUUCAUGGAGAAGUUUGCUGUGGACCUGCUCACUGUUACACAGGCCUUUCUGAAAAACAGCGGUGACGUGGAAGCUACUUCAUACUUUCUGCAAACAGGGCAGCGCUUGGAUGGGUACCCUGUGUGGAGCAGACAGGAUGAUUUAGAAUUGCAAAAGGAUGAUGAACAUGUCAGAAAUAAACUGAUAGCCAAAUUUGGAGCUGAAAAUGUAGCAAAGCGGAUAGUGUUUAGAGAGAGUUAACAAGAGGACAUUACUGAUCUAGAACAGUUGCAUAAAUGUAAUAGUCAUUUCAGAAACACAGUGGAAAAUUUGAUCAAAGUGCUGGAGUUUCAGAAAUGCUUUAAUUUUUUUUUUUUUUUUUUGUAUUAAAAGGCCUGUUUUGUAUCUCUGCAGAUCUAAGAUGCAGCUGCUUUAAUCAAAGGAAUGCUUGUACCAGGCCUUAUAUUCUACUUGGGAAAAAUACACAGCUUUCAGGGCUAUGAGUAAUAGUUGAAGUAGGAAAUGAAAGUUAAGAGGGAAUGAUCAGAGGUUAUGCAUCACCUGAGUUGCAUUUGAAAGAGAACACUAUUACUAGGAUAAAGUAAUAAUCUGAAAAACUCGGUACUUUUAGCCUGAAAUUAUCUUGUGGUUACUUAUUUUAAUACUAUAUGAAGUGAGUCUUAAAAAUCUGGAAUUCACUCUUUUGCUGAAAUAAAAUGGGCUGGCAAAGGUGAAGAUUGGUUUUUGGGGUUUUUUUAACCUCUCUAACAUUUUGGGUUUUUAGCAUAUUGCAGUGUGGCACUCAGAAAAUUAGGAUGAAUUGUGAAAUGACUGAUGUUGAGCCAAAUUAAAAUUGUACUGAAAAUAAAAAACUAUAUAAUGAGACUGCUGUUUCAGGAAACCACUGCAACACCUCCUGAUUAUUUAAGGAGUUAACCUUAAAGUUAAAGUAGCCAAAUAAAUACUAAAACAGCACUACACAGUGUUUCACUGGACUGAAAAAGUGAUAAUUACUUGGCAUAGUUGUGCUAUUCAGACUUUGAACAGUUAUUUGAGAUUUGUGUGGAAGCCAGACAAGCACUUAAUGAAGGAGUGCAAGACAACAUAGCAAAUGAAGUAGUUGUUUGUUUUUUUUUUUACAUAAGGCAUGUUACCAGCUUGGUUUGAAAACUAAGUUUUGCUGAUGACCAGGUUCAUGAACAGGAGACCUGUCACCUCUUGUAGCUGAAAACUCCCAUUGUAGCUUGGGCUGUGUACAUGUCAGCAGCACCAUAGCAUUGCAAUGGUCUCGCUUAACAAAACUGCCCUAGAAUUUAAAAUGAGAGGUAGAAUGCAUUAAAUAGCUGCAAUAUAAAAUGGUCGGAUUUAGUCUAUCUUUUUACAAUUCUAAGUGGCACUUAUUUUAAAAGUGAGUUUGUCUUAUUGGAGCAAUUAGUCUAAGGUGCAGUGCAAACUUCUGAGUUCACAUACAGUGGUUUUGCCUUUGCAGAGCCUUAUGGACAUUGUCUGACGCUGAGAAUCUUUCCCUGUGUCCUUGUGCUCUCAGAAGGUGUAGGAGCUAAGACACAAAGACCACAGUUUACUCAAGGCUGCCCUCUUUCUUCUGUUAUGAGCUCCUGAAAGGCACUGCUUGUCCGCAGCUGCUCUUGCUUGUGCAUGCCCAUAGGUUUAGUCUUUUUUACCAGGUUUAACCCUGGAGGAUCCAGAGAUGACACCAUAUUGUAUGGUUCUACUUCUGGUUCUGUCUUUUCCCAUGAUAAAAAUCCUUGUUUUCUGUGCUUUGUCUUACCUACAACACAUGCCCCUUUCAACAUGCCGGAGACAGUUUGGUUUUCUGUAUUCCUAUCAGGUUCCUCUACUAUCACAAAAGGUCAGGAAGGUUCUUUGUGUGGCUCAAAGAAGUUUCUUUCUAUUAUUGCCUGGAGCAACAAUACUUAUAUACCUGUAAAAGUGAGCAAAGUGGCAAUGCACAUACAAGAACUUUGAGUUAAAGAGAAUUCUACAGCCAGAAAUUCUGGGUCGGCAAACUAUUAUCUGGAAUUUGGGUAUUUCCUAUUUGCUUCCUUUUAGAGUUAGCCAGCAUUCAUCAAAGUAAAUUAAUUUCUAUGCUUUCAUAACUAGAGUUACCAAUGAAAAAUUGAUUGUAUGCACCAGUUUGAAGAGCAACAGACAGGAAUACCACAGAGUCAGCUUUUAAAUGUCCUUUUGACUGGAGACUUCUCCAUCUUACAUUUCAUUGGUAUAAAAAUAGAGUUUACUCUUCUAACUUGUACAAGGUAAACUUAAUGUUUGUUUCUAAACAGACUCCUGUGAUCUUUAUUGCAUAUGCCAAAGGAUGUAGUCAUAGUUUUACACGUGAUCAGCAGCAUCUUGAGAUUUUCGGGGAUUUUUGUUGAGUUUUCUUUUCCUUCUCCAAAAAGUAUUUUAAGUUAUCUUUGCUUGAAUUAAGACAACUUUACAUUUUCUUGUAACCAGACUGGCAGCAGAUUCUGCUGUUUCCAGAAAAAAAGAAGAUCUUAUAAAUUGUUGUAUUGAGGAAACAUACCUAAAGGACUGUAAUAAAGACAUACUGAAAUCAACAA